UAGACCGCACGCUAUAUAUUUAUUAUUAUGUAACAAAAGUAAGGUUAUAGAAGCACAGAAAAGCUUAAUGUAACUUGCUUAACCUCACUUUAACAACAAAAAAACAAUUACAAGCAUGUCUGUAGUAAAAAGAGUUCAGCAAUGGGCCACUUUUGCAAGAAUAUGGCAUUUGUAUGAUGCCGCUUGGCAGAACCCAUUUCAAUCUGCACAUUUAAUAAAAAAGUAUUUAAUGGGGUUAUAUAAACCAAUUUAUCAUCCAAUGAAUGAUUGUGGUGAUCAUGUAAUUGUUAUAAACACCAACGAAAUCGCUAUGCCUGAAGAAGAAUGGAAAAAACGUGUUUACUUUCACCACACGGGCUAUCCUGGUGGUGCAUCUUGGACCUUAGCGUGGGAAUUACACAGCAAGGACCCGAAAUUAAUUAUCAAAAAAGCAAUUUAUAAUAGUAUGGAUGGUAAUUUGCAAAGGCGGCAUACAAUGGAAAGAUUACAUCUUUUUCCUGAUGAUAAUGUACCAGCAGAUUUGCUAAAGAACGUCUCUAAUCAAAUAAGACAAAUCAGACCAAUGCCAAAGAGACUAGACCAUUAUACUGCAGAAGAAAUCAAGUCAUUUCCAAAACUUAUUAACUAUCCAGACGAUUACAUUUUGAAAUAAUUUUUUGUCAACAACAUAGAUAAUUAUUGAAUAUAAAAUAGUCACAUAUCUUA